GAGACUAGAAUACAAGGACCGUCUUCCAAACACUAGUGUCCAGCAAGUGCUAGAAUUUUUUUACUCCUAUAGCCCGCUUCAUCACACACACACUGGAACAAAGGAAUCUGAAGUGGAAUAUAGGAAUGUAAGAUUGAUAUUUAAUUGGAGGAAGGUGGUUUGCAUUAAAUCCCAGAUCCUUACUUGAUGGCUAAUCCAGGUCUGGCUUUGUUUGCAGCCUGGCAGCUGAAUUUGAAGUUGUACUGAGGGAGAUGAGAGAGCAAUGUGCGUUCUCCUGAUAACGCUACAGAAAGGCAGAGAUCUACUCUACAGAUGUGCCUAGGCAGAAAAGGGGAGACAGAAAAAGAACACAGACACCGAUUUACGGUCUGGAUGCAACUAAUAUAAAACAGCUUCAUUAUACGCCCUUCCCCCAACACAAAGAAAGAAAAUAACCUUCCUUAGAGACAGUUGUCCGUGGCUUCAGGAUCGGGUCUUGCAGUCGGCAGCAUGCAUGGCUAAAGACAAGGUGCUUAUUCUUUGCAGGCUACAGCUGUUUGGGUUUUGCAUUUGGAAUCCACACGUUGUUUAGUGGAAGGCCGGGGGUUGUCCUCCGUGCAGUUGUCCAUUUUUGAGGAUGUUAGCCUGGACUGAAAUGCAGGGCAGGGACAGGUGUCAAGAGGGCUAGUUCUUAAGAAAAGACAUAGAGCAGAUCCUCACAGCAGGGGGAGGCAAGGCUGUGCGCAGAGGAUCAGACUGUCGUUCUCCAGUGAGCCCGAUGAUUUCUGGACUAUCUAUUUACAAGCCCUUCUCAGGACAAUUUACUUUAUGUAGCAUCCUGACAUACCCAUACUUGAAUUGGUAUCGAAAGUUAUAAACACUGAGAACUCCAAGAAGACCGAAUUGUGGUGUACCAAAGUGUAGCUUGACUGUGGCUGAUUCUGAACAGUCCGAUAUUACCUUCAUCCUGCCAUGAUCGUCAGUGUUCUUCUUUUGCUGACUGUCAUCCCGCGGUGCUACAAAGCAGCAUUCCCAGAGGAAUCCAGCCCUCUCAGUGUAGCUCCAGCAGAAGCUGUCCAACAGUAUGCAGUGUUUGUGGGACAUGGGCCAGGAAGGUCUUCAAGUACAUCUACCCUCGAAGAGAAGCUGAACAUUCAACGAAUGCUAAAGGUCAACAGGACACUUUACAUUGGAGACAGGGAUCACCUUUACAGUGUGGACCUAGAUGCAACAAAAGGGAGUGAAAUGUUGUGUAAGAAGAAAUUGACUUGGGAGUCAAAUCAACAUGACAUUAACAUCUGCAAGAUGAAAGGAAAACAGGAGGCUGAGUGUCGAAACUUCAUCAAAGUGCUUCUGAAGUGGGAUAACAGCACGCUGUUUGCAUGCGGAACUAAUGCGUUCAAUCCCAUCUGCACUAAUUACAGUCUGGAUACCCUCGAACCUAUUGGGGACAGCAUCAGUGGGAUGGCACGAUGUCCGUAUGAACCGAAGCAUGCCAAUGUGGCACUCUUUACAGAGGGAAAGCUGUUCACAGCCACUGUGACUGAUUUCCUAGCCAUCGAUGCUGUUAUCUACAGAAGUCUUGGUGGUAGUCCAACCUUACGGACCGUCAAACAUGAUUCAAAGUGGUUUAAAGAGCCAUAUUUUGUUCAUGCUGUGGAAUGGCAAAACCAUGUCUAUUUUUUCUUUCGGGAGCUUGCUAUAGAAUUCAACUACUUGGAAAAGGUUGUAGUUUCUCGAGUGGCCCGAGUCUGCAAAAAUGAUAUUGGUGGCUCACCAAGAGUGCUUGAGAAACAAUGGACAUCUUUCUUAAAAGCCCGUCUCAACUGCUCUGUGCCAGGCGAUUCUCAUUUCUACUUUAACGUCCUUCACUCAGUGACAGACAUUCUAACCAUUAAUGGGCAUCAUAUUGUCUUAGCAGUUUUCUCCACUCCAUCCAACAGUAUCCCUGGGUCAGCAGUUUGUGCAUUUGACAUGGAACAGAUGGCUCGAGUUUUUGAGGGACGCUUCAAGGAACAGAAAUCUCCUGAUUCUCUGUGGACUCCUGUGCCAGAGGAAGCUGUCCCAAAACCACGCCCUGGUGGAUGUGCUGGGACUGGCACGAAGUACAACUCUUCCAGUAGUUUCCCAGAUGAAAUGCUGAAUUUUGUCAAGACUCACCCACUAAUGGAUGAGGCUGUGCCCUCUCUUGGGCAUAGUCCCUGGAUAGUUAAAACUAUGAUCCGGUAUCAGUUGAAUAAAAUAGUGGUGGACACUGAAGCUGGACCUUAUUGGAACUACACUGUCAUUUUCUUGGGAUCCGAUAAUGGCACUAUCCUGAAAUUCCUGGUGAAGCCUAACUUUAGUCGUGCCCCUGCUAGCCAGAGUGUUCUGCUGGAGGAGUUUUCAGCCUUCUCUGCAGUGAAGUGUAGCAAGGAAGGGGAAGCUGAUGAGGACAGAAAUAUGAUUGAACUGGACCUUGACAAGACUACAAACUCUUUACUUGUUGCCUUCUCCACAUGCGUUGUCAGGGUUCCUGUGGCCCGCUGCCAGCAGCAUGCUGCAUGCAUGAAGAAUUGUAUUGCAACCCAAGAUCCAUAUUGUGGCUGGACUGCAGAAGGGACCUGUGUGCUACUGGAACCUGGAGUCAGAAUUCAGUUUGAACAAGACGUUGAGAAUGGUAACACAUCUCACUUAGGAGACUGCGAGGGACUCGUCACAGAAAGUUUCGUGGAGGAACCCAAUGGACUUGUUUCUGUGAAUCUGCUUGUAAUCUCUGCUAUUGCUGCUUUUGUCAUAGGAGCAGUUAUCUCUGGUUUCAGUGUCUGCUGGUUCAUUGGCCAUCGGGAUAGAAAAGAAACUGCUAGGCGUAAAGAUAAGGAAACAAUCCUUUCCCACAGUGACUCUGUAGUUAGUGUUACCAGAAUGGGAGGAAUGGUGGACCGUAGACCCAGGGAUCAGUCAGAGAACUUGCUGGCUCCUCUAAUGCAGAAUGGUUGGCCCAAGAGUCUAAUUAAGGUUAGUCAGCACAACCUGGACUCUGGAAUAUUGCCAACACCUGAGCAAACGCCACUACAACAGAAGCGCUGUACAGUUGGAUUGAAUGGUUGUGACUGGGAACAGAGUCAGAAUCGGAUUAAUUCAAGUGUAAGGGAUGCAAACUGCCCAACAGGAUCGUCUAUGAUUCUUAUGCAUUCUAACCCUCACCAAAUACACCACCACCUGAGCACUGGAAGGCCUAUCCCUGUUUCCCAUCAUUCAAUGCUGACAGAAAAAGAAAUGAAUGAUGAUUCCAGUGGCAUUUUGCUAGAUAAGCAUUAUCUAUCAGUUAAUAUAAAAGAACACGGGGAAUCAUCGCAGCCACCUUGCAGGUCAAGUGCAACUGCAUAUUCCGGUAGGAGCUCUUUUGGCGAAUAUUCACUUGCAUCCCAUGACAGCGCAAACCGCCGAAGAGUUGUGUCUGCACCAGUAACAGACAUAGACUAUACAGACUCAUUACAGUGGAAUCCUGAAAGUCUAAACUCCAAUGGUAAUAGUGCAUUGAAACCAUCACACAUUAGAAGAAAUCACACUUUCAACAGAGCUGACAGUUCUAUGAGUCAACGGCGGAUGGACUCAAUGGUCAUCAGACAUGCCCAUCCACAAUCCCAUGCCAUAAGUGGACAGCAUGGCUUAACAGACUGCAGCUACUUAAUAACAUCUGCAGUGGAUCGGGCACCAUCGAUCAAAUAAACUGCACAAUCACAAACUUUUUGAUUCUAGUUAUUUUAGGUGUGUGUGUGCGUGUGUGUGAACAUUUGAUAACAAUUUUUAGAAAAUGUUUGAAAAAUAUGUGGAAAAAAAUACUGAAGAGGAGCACAAUGUGGUCCAAGAAAAGCACUUCACUGAUGACCGAGACCUUUAUCAUACUGAACAAAUAAUAAAGGUCUGUGAAUAACUCUGACAUUGGUAUUCAUGACAAAUGGUAAAAGUUCCUUGAGAGGUGUAAGCAAAUCUUUCAGGGCUUUUUACAUUGUAGGUUUACACCAAAGGUUUGUUUUACAUUUCAGGAGAAAAUAGCUGCUUUAAGGAGCAGAUGUCUUUUAUUGUUUUUUUCACUUGAUCUGUUCGAGCCUGGAAGAGCAAUUUUUAGUUUGCUGCUGUGUGCGGGCACAGACGCAAACAUCACUACUGUUUCAGCAAAUGGCUUGUGAUGGUUUUCUCCCCUUUCUAGGGCAGAUGUGACAUGCAUGCAGUUGUCAGGGUUCUCAUUCUAGUUUCAAAAAGAUGUUAAUUUUGUAAAACUUCAGAACUGGAUGUAUUCACAGGUAUCCAGAACAGUCAGUGCAGUUCAGUCGAAUUAGUCCUGACAAAAUGUCGAUAAACAUGCUAUAUCCCUUGUAGUGUCUAGCCCAAAUACAAUAGGUAAACAGUCAGCAGCAAGGCCUAAUAUUUUUGUCUUUCUUAUGACACAGCACAGCAGAACUGUCAGUCCUCUUAAUUUCUUAAUGUUAAUAAUUCCUGAAAUAAGAACUGGAAUGUCAAUGUUUUUAAACUUCCUGUUGUCUUGGCAUAUACGCUACAGUAAAAUGUACCCUUUUGGCUUGCUGCUAUGCUGUUGACCUAAAGUGGAAAAAUCUUUGUUCAUAUCUUCCUAAUGUAUCUACAGAGUAAAUCUAGUUUGUACAGUCAAAGGUUAUCCUCUGCAAAAUGUUAAAACACGGCUAAAAGUGGUCAUGAUUGUUGGCCCAUGUCACUGUUAAGAAUAUUUGUAAUAAAGUUUGUUUUAAAACUCUA